GACCUGAUCGUCGAAGACCCGAACCAUAUUCAUUGCUAAACCUGGUCGUCGCUUACUCGCUUUCCAUGUCUCGUUGCAAUUAUGUUGGGUGCCGAGAAAAAACUUGUGCACACAUAUACACAUGGCCUCCUCCGGUUAACGCCACAAAUCGCCAAUGUACGUAGCGGCAAACACCACUCAAUCCAUCGCACACUAGCUAGAACACAAGAAAAAUCUCAGCCCCGAUCGAUCGAAAUCCAUGGCGUUCCAGUUCCACACGCUACUAUCAGCCGUAACAAUAUGGCUGGGCGUAGCGGCUGCUACGGCGAGGCUCCAUGCCGCCGUCGCCGGAGCACGAGCGCCGCCGCCGCCGCCGCCGCCCGGCAACUGCCAAAGGAAGUGCGGCGACGUAGACAUCCCCUACCCGUUCGGCGUCUGGAACGGCAGCGAGUCCGACGGCUGCGCCGUUCCAGGCUUCUACCUGAACUGCGACGUCGACGACAACCACGUCUACAGGCCGUUCCACGGGAAUGUGGAGGUUCUCAGCAUCUCCCUGCCGACCGGGCAGGCCCGGGUGACGAACUCCAUCUCCUCCGCUUGCUACAACACCAGCUCCCGCGACAUGGACUACAACGACUGGCAGAUCAACUUCACCGGCACGCCGCUGACGAUCUCCGACGCCGACAACAAGUUCACCGUCGUCGGGUGCCAGACGCUGGCGUACAUCACCGACGACGACAACAUGGGCAAGUACACGAGCGGGUGCGUCGCCAUGUGCCAGGGAGGCGACCUGACGAGCCUCGCCACCAACGGGUCGUGCUCCGGGAUAGGCUGCUGCCAGACAGCCAUCCCCAGGGGUCUGAAGUACUACCGCGUCAGGUUCGACACGGGCUUCAACACCUCGGAGAUCUACAACGUCAGCCGCUGCAGCUACGCGGUGCUGAUGGAGUCGAAGGCCUUCAGCUUCCGGACGAGCUACGUGAGCUCGCUGGAAUUUAACAGCAGCAACGGUGGCAGGGUGCCGUUGGUGGUGGAUUGGGCUAUCGGAAACGAGACUUGUGAUAAAGCCCGCAGAAAGGUUGACACCUAUGCAUGUGUCAGCCACAACAGCAAGUGCUUCAACUCGUCCAACGGACCAGGCUACAUCUGCAACUGCUCCGAAGGGUACCAAGGUAACCCCUACCUGCAGGACGGGCAGCACGGUUGCACAGAUAUAGACGAGUGUGCGGAUCCGAAGUACCCUUGUUCCGUGCCUGGAACUUGCCAUAAUCUUCCUGGCGGGUUCGAGUGCUUAUGCCCUCGCAGUCGUCCCAAAGGCAACGCAUUCAAUGGGACAUGCGAGAGAGAUCAAACCCUUCAUACUGGAGGAAAAGUAGCUAUUGGAAUUUCCGGUUUUGCUAUCGUUGGCCUCGUUGUUUUUCUUGUACGAGAAGUGAUCCAGCACAAACGAAGUAUCAAAAGACAAGCUCUGCAGAGACAGACUGACAUGUAUUUUCAACAACACGGAGGACAGAUCUUACUAGAACUGAUGAAAGUAGAGAGCAGCGCUGAGUUCACCCUCUACGACAGAGAGAAGAUCGAGGUAGCCACAAACAAUUUCGCCAAGGAGAACAUUGUUGGCAAAGGAGGGCAGGGGACCGUUUACAAGGCUGUCCUCGACGGCACCACUGUUGCGAUAAAGAGGUGCAACGAGGUUGAUGAGAGCAGAAGAGCCGACUUCGUGCAGGAGCUGGUCAUACUCUGUCGUGUCAACCACCCAAAUAUCGUCAAACUAGUCGGCUGCUGCCUGCAGUUCGAGGCCCCCAUGCUAAUCUAUGAGUUCGUGCAGAACAAGACACUGCAAGAGCUACUGGACCUCCAAAGGAGUAGGAAGUUCCACGUCACACUGGCGACCCGCUUAAGGAUUGCUGCAGAAUCCGCCAAUGCACUUGCACAUCUCCACUCACUGCCGCGCCCAAUACUCCACGGCGACGUGAAGCCAGCCAACAUACUUCUUGCUGAAGGAUUGGUUGCAAAGGUGUCUGACUUUGGUUGCUCAACGAUUGAUGAGAAAACCCAAGCUGUUGUAAAAGGUACACCGGGAUAUCUCGACCCAGACUAUCUACUUGAGUACCAGCUCACAGCCAAGAAUGAUGUAUACAGCUUUGGGGUCAUUCUUCUUGAGCUCCUAACGGGUAAGAAGCCACUUUCAAAAGAACGGACGAGCUUGAUCCCAAUAUUUCAAGGGGCAAUGGAAAGUGGCAAACUCGUUGAGCUCCUGGACAGUGACAUAGUAGAUGAAGCCAACAUGGGAGUUAUCUGUCAGGCAGCAUCACUAGCUAGUCAAUGCUUGGCUAAUCCAAGUUCAUCAAGGCCAACAAUGAGGCAAGUGGCGGAGCAGCUUCGACGACUAGCAUUGGCAGAUGAAGUACAACAAUGCCCACAACCGCCGCUAGUGCUCGAUGGCCUCAUCCUCACAGAGAUGGGGAGCACAACAUCAUCAUGGUACACAGGAAGUGGAACAAGCGGGGUUUAUAACCUUGAGAACAAUGUCGUUCUAAGCACAGAAUUCGCUAGAUGAUCCAUAGACCCCUUGUGCUUUAUUGAGUGUUACAAUGUGUUGUUUUAUCUGUGUUAGAUUAUGAGUUGUGUUGUUUUAUCUCUGUGUUAGAUUAUGAGUUA